AUCGAUCAUCGAUGAUCGAUGAUCGAUGAUCGAUGAGAACUUUACGAACGACAUUGAAUUGUUUUUAAAUCUAUUUCCAUUUCAUUUUAUGUUAACGAGCGCGUACUCGAAAUGCUUUAGGCAUCAUGUCCGAUAAAUCGACGAGCUCGUACGCGUAUAAGCCCGUUAUUUCUCGCAGUAAGCAUUGUCUCGAGCGUAUCUCUGAACUCUCGUUAGUCCUUUUACAACUGCCAGUCUCUUACUACGUGCGAAUGUGUUCAUAGGAUCGAUCGCGUGCGUGCAGCUUGAACGUGCGUUCGACGUGUGUACUACGAGUAUAAUAUAUGUUAUUUUACAGAUCGCGUAUGUAUGUAUGUAAGUUCGACGAGCGGUUUACUGCAGCAAAUGCGAGUCGAUUCGCGUGCGAGACUCAUUCUUUUUUGUUCAUAUCGAUAAAAGAAAAUGAUUUUGUCUUAUAGAUAGGCAUAUUUCACUGUGACGCAAACAUCGAUCGAAAAAUAAAAUGCGUGCCCACGACGCCUUCGUUAAUACGUACAUACAUACGUAUUUUAGAAAACAAAUAUUUGACAAAUUAUUUUUAUGACCGUAAACUUAGAUUUAGGCCAUCGCGCAUCGGCAGAUUCGGUCGGCGUACGAGCUUGCAUCCGUAUCAUCGACUCGCGCGAAGCCAACGAUAGCGAUUUGCUCGUACCACUCUAUCUCUUCUAUUUCUCCCUCUCCCACUCUUUCUAUCUAUACCUCUCAGCGCUAAUUAAAAAGAUGUCGAAAGAGAAGCCUCCCAAAGUAGGGUACUAGUUGACGCCCAUUAUUAACCACUAUCCCUUUCUCCCAAGCCGAACGGCGUAAGCAGCUAAUGCAUACGGAGAUUUAUAUUUUGUUACAGGAUGACACAAAUGCAAAGAAAAAAAAACCGCAGGACAGAUAACGUACGCGUCACUAAACGCGCAUAUUCGAAACGCUGUGAUCGGUCGAAAAAGUUGAAAAUCAGAGAUCGAUUUUUUUUUUUUUUUAACGUUUCUUAAAUGGAGAGGUUAAAUGACACGAUUUGUUGACUACGAUCACAGUCGCGACGAUUAUAUAGACCAAUAGAAACAACGAUACCUCAAGAAAACUCAAUAGUUUAUUAUCUUUAACGGAUCAAUGUGUACAGAAUCGAUAUUCUUUUACGCGCCAUUUGACGAUAACUACGUAUCGAAGCGAGCGUGCUGCCACCGGAUCGAACGGAUUUUUGGCAAACGCUCACCGGUGCGAUAAGUUACAAUAUGGCCGCCGAGAAAGCGCGUUGCAUUACAUUUUGAUCCCAUAUUUUAGCUCAUUUAUAUAUUAUUUAGUGUAAUAAAAAUAGUCAACAAGAUGAAUAUGUCUGUGGAGAAAAAGAAAUAUCCUUCGGCAUUACCAACGAAUUGGUCAACGAGGGAGGAAACAGCUAGAAAAAGUCAAAAUCAAUUAACGUCUACGGGAAAAGUUGAUGUUUAUUAUUACAGCCGUGGUGUAAGAAACGACGCAUCAUUGGUACCACCUAUAAGGCAAACGGCUUCCAUAUUUAAACAGCCGGUUACUAUAUACAAAACGCAAGAGGGAAAAGUAAAGGAUUUAAAGCAUGGUAAUCAAGAGAAACCAAAACAGGAAGGAGCCGAUAAAGCUGAUGGCAAAUACGGCUCCCAAGAUAAGCCUAAGCAGCUUUUUUGGGAAAAACGUUUAGAGGGCUUAAGAGCUUGCGACCCAGAUGGAUACGAAUUUGAUGCAAUGGAUCUACCGAAGUCCCUAAGGCCGGUUGGACCUUACAUAACCGAAGAAACAUUGUUGCAAAGUGUGGCAACGGCUCUUCACGUAUCCUCACAACCGGUUACGGGUCAAACGGGAUCUAAAACGGCAUUGGAAAAAAAUCCUGGUGUAUUUCUUAAUCCCGAUCAACCCCUCGUACAGGCUGUUUCUAUAGCGGAUGAAGACAUCAAACGACAAGAAGAUCGCGUAGCGCUAGCGAGAAAAAAAUUACAAGAAGCCUUACGAGGGAUGCCUACGUAAAGUCUCUUUUAGCUAUAUUAUCGAUAAUACAUUCUUUAGCUUUAAGUUCAUUUUAAUUUAUAUCACGCAUCAAUUUUUAUAAUAAAUGUUUUAUAAAAAAGAAAAUGAA